AUGGUUGGUCAAGGGAAAGCCAAGCAGGCUUCUUCCAAAGGGUUGAGUCAGGGGUUUAAGGAGGAUAUAAUAAGCCAGCUACCAGAUCCUUUGAUAUGUCACAUACUCUAUCAUCUUCCGAGAAAGGAAGUUGUUAAGACAAGCGUUUUGUCCACCCGAUGGGGAAGCCUCUGGCUUUGGGUUCCUAGUUUGGAACUUAACUCCCACGACUUUACAGAUCUAAACGCCUUUGUGAGUUUGGGCCAUAGGUUUUUCAAUUCCGAUAGGGCUUCACUCAUACACAAACUCAAGUUAACUAUUACUAUUGAUGAACAUAACAUAACAAUGAUGCUUCUUAUGCCACUUCAUGGAUUGAUGCAGCUAUCAAGCGUAAGCAUUUACGAUUAUGCAUCAGAAAGCUUUAUAGUAAACAACUUGGUGUCCAUUGCCAAGAUAGAUAUUUCUCUCUUCUUUGGUUCGGGCCUUUUUAAUGAAGCCAAGAGAAGUAACCUCCACAGUUUUCUUCUCGGGAUCACUAGGGCCACGGAUAUGACGCUAUGUGACAACACUUUCGAGUGCAUGUUAUCGUCUCUAGAGUAUGUAAAUUUCAAAGUUGGAAUCGUGGGAGUCACGGCAGAGAUGAAGCUAAUAAGGUACUUUAUAGAGAAUUCAGCAGUUCUAAAGAGACUCACUCUACGUUUGGUGGGUGAUUCAACUAGAGAUAAUUAUACUCUCAAAGAACUUCUCCGAAUCCCAAGAGGCUCUACCAGUUGUGAAGUCGUUAUCCUUUGA